UGUUAAUUUAUUUUUUAUGACAAGUUUCACAUUUCAUUUAAAUAUAUUUUAUGUGAAAAUGCUUACAACAACCCUUUUUCUACACUUAACUAUAUUCAUUCCCUAUUUAGUUGUAGCUGAUAAAAUUUCAAAACCACAAGCAGCAGAACUGCCUUGUGCCGAAAUAAAACGAUAUGAAAUUGAACAACAUUUAUCAACAAAAACACCAUAUCGUGUUGUGGCUAAUUUGAAUGAUAAACCAAUAAGUUUUCCCGGAUGCCACCCAACACGUAUUUGGUCUGUCAUAAGGCAUGGUGCUCGAUAUCCCAGUAGAGAGGUAAUCGAAGCAGCGCAGUCCAAGCUAAUGAAAUUAAAAAACAAUAUUUUAAGUAAUACAAAAGUAAAAAUUUGUACUGAAGAACUAGAUCGUUUAAAGUAUUGGAGAUUUAAUGUUAGCACAAAAGAAGAAAAGUUUUUAGUUGCAGAAGGGGAAGAUGAGUUGAUCGAAUUGGCGGAAAGAAUGCAAAAUCGUUAUCCGAAUUUAUUACCUGAUGUGUAUGACGAAAAUCUAUUUUAUUUUAAGUAUACUGCAACUCAAAGAACGUUAAGGAGCGCCAAUAGCUUUGCUACGGGAUUAUUUGGCAGACAUAGAAUAAGUGAUAUAAAAUAUCCUGUAGCCAUGCAUCGGGAUCCAGUUCUUAGGUUUUAUAAACUCUGUGAUCGCUGGAAAAUGGACGUUGAUAAAAAUCCGGCUAUAUAUGACAAUGUGAAUAAGUUCUUGCAAGGAACAGAAAUAAAAAAUGCUAUUAAUUUUAUAAAACAAAAAAUGCAAUUACAAACAAUUACCGCUGAAGAUGUCAGACUUAUUUAUACAAUUUGUGCUUUUGAAACGGCUUGGGAACGUCGUAAGCCUCCAUCGGUUUGGUGUAAUUUUUUUAAUCGCGUAACCAUAAAAGCACUUGAAUUUGCCGAAGAUUUGGAAUAUUAUUGGAAUGAUGGAUAUGGUUAUAAUAUAACUUAUAAAAUUGCGUGCCCUGCUAUUAUUGAUCUCUUUAAAUUUAUUGAGUAAGAAAACUAUUAUUAUUAAACAGCAAGUAAAUAAUUUAAUUAUUAUUAUAGUCCAAAUUCAAAUAAGCCAAAUGCCACAUUUUAUUUUACACAUUCUGGAACUUUGUUAAAAAUGUUGGCACAUUUGGGACUCUACAAGGACGAUAAACCUUUGACAUACAAAGAUUUCAAUAAGAAGAGAUUGUGGCGCACGAGUUCCAUUGAUGCAUUUGCAACCAAUCUAGCAUUUGUUUUAUAUGAAUGUGAAAAGAGUGAACCAAUGGUUUUAACACUUCAUCAAGAACGUCCGGUACGAAUUCCUGGUUGUCCAAAGAAGGGCGAUGAACUAUGCAGUUUAAAAACAUUGCAAAAAAUAUUUGCUAGCAGCUUGGAAAAUUGUGAUUUUCAAAAUAUUUGUAAAAUAGAGCGCUAAAGGAGGCAAACACAAAGCAUUAGGAGUAUUAUAAAUCGUCUAUAUAUCUGACUAAUUCGUUAUAUUACUCACGUUGGUGAAAUAUACCAGCAUGUUUCUUGCAAAUUGUCAUAUAGCUGAUUUGAAUUUUUAUAAUUAAUAUAAUAUUAACAGCGGUAAAAUUGUACAAAUAAACGUAUACACAAAUAGGUUCAUAUAAGAACCUAACCGAAAUGCCUACGAAAUUAAAUAGUAUGCAAUUUUAUAUAUUAAAUUUAUACAAUAUAUUGCUAUAUAUAUAUGUGUGUGUUAAGUAAU